AUGGAUGAUUCAACUUCUACUAGUAUCAGCACCAGUAUUUCCAAAUUAUCUUCUUUAUUGUUAAGUAAGGAACAAAAGAAUUUAUUAAAUCUAUCAAUUAUACAAUAUUUAAUAAAUGUAGAGGAAAACAAAAAGAACAAAAACAAUGAUAACAAUACCCAAAUUAUCCAAGAUGUUUGUAAAUUGUUAGAUAUUGAAACUAAUAAAAUAGAUACUUUAAUUACCAAUAAUACGGCUCUAGGAGAUGAUUACUUAAUACGGAAAUGGUGUUCCAUAGUAAGACUACAAAAGAAAAUUAUAAAUUUGGAAAAACAAUUAUAUAAUAAUGGUACAAAUAAUACCCCAAACAUUAAUAAUAACAAUAAUAAAAUAUGGCUACCUUCAUCCCAAUUUCCAACUCAUCAAAUAGUAUUAGGUAAUAACAAUACUUCAAUUUCUAGUUUGAAAUUACAUCCUAAAGCACCACUUAUAUUCAUUGGGUGCGAAGACGGAUCAUUACAUUGCUAUAAUUUAAUUAAUACCUCCAUUCCAAUACUAUAUAUACCUAAUGCACAUAUGAAAGGUGUAACAAGUAUAGAUAUAUCCAUUAACGAUAAUGAUACUACAAGUCUAGCCACCGUUUCAAAAGAUUUAUUUCUUAAAACAUGGGAAUUUACUACUACUACUAAUGAUACACAAAAUAUGCCCACUUUAAAACCUAUUUGGCAAUUAAGUGGCCAUGAAAACAUAAUAUCUUGUGUCAAGUUCCAUAACAUUGGUGCUAGCAAUAAUGCCUCCAUUGUAUCCACAUGUUCCAGAGAUUCUACCAUAAGAUCUUAUGAUCUAGAUAAUGGCUGGUUAAUUAACCAAAACACUAAAGCCCAUUUAACAUGGUGUAGAUGUAUUGACGUAUACCUUCAUUUUAUAGUCUCUGGCUCCAACGAUUGUACCAUUAGCCUAUCUCACUGCUUAAUUAAUAGCGCGUUGCACUUUAAUAAUCUCAAGUUUCAUGAUUUACCUAUCACAGACAUUAAACUAUUCAAGCAUAAUUCAGUCUUUUAUAUUCUUUCAUGCUCAAGGGAUUGUACUAUUAAAUUAUGGGAAUUGCCUAUAAAUUUAGAAAAUUAUUCUAACACUACCACAGAUAUUAUUACCGAUUUGUUUAAUAAAAAUAUGGAAUUAAAGUUAAUUAAUACCUAUAAAGGCCAUUCCUCAUGGGUAAAACAAUUGGCAUAUCACAUUACUGUGUCUAAUACCAACCCCCCACAAGGAUUAAUUUAUAGUUGUAGCGAUGAUUCUACAAUUAAAGUCUGGGAUAUGCUUACGGGUGAUAUACUUUACAAUAAUACCUCCAAUUUCCAUAACAAAAAUUUUAUAAAUUGUUUGCAAGUCGAUUACCAUAGAAAAAUUAUAUGUAGUGGAGGAAUAGAUGGCAAAGUUAACAUAUUUAUAUAA